GGGUGAAACCGGCUGAUCUGGAAGAAGAAUUCGAACCGUUCUGGCGAAGUCCGCUCUUAUCCUGGUUCGACGCGCGUGCACGGCAGAGAUGGAGUUGAAGAAAGCGAUUUCGGACGGCGAGUGCGUGCUGAGGAGCUACGGCGCCGUGUCGGAAACGGCGUGGACCGCAGACAAAGGUCACUCAGAUGUGUCCAUGGCAGAGAGCACCAUGUCUCCAGAGGAGAUCGAGGUGGAAAUGGUUCAUAUCCGGCGCCUCCGGGAGGUCCUGGUACGCCGGGAGUCUGAGCUACGCUUCAUGAUGGAUGACAUUCAGCUCUGCAAAGACAUCAUGAGCUUAAAACAGGAGCUGAGACAGAUUGUCGCAGUACCAGAGAAAGACAAAACCAAGCUGCACAGGCAGCAGGAAGAAGAACUGAUCCUCAAGAUCCAUAAACUGGUGCAGAAGAGGGACUUCCUGGUGGAUGAUGCUGAGGUGGAGAGGUUAAGGGAACAAGAGGAAGACCAGGAGAUGGCCGAGUUCCUCAGGCUGAAGUUGAUGCCGCUGGAGAAGCUGAUCAAAGUCACACAAAAUCCUCCCAAACCUAAGAGACAUGUCCUGGAGCCGCCUCCCACCAAGCCGUCCAUCACCAGGUCGGGCGUGGCCAUCAUCAAGGAUUGCUGUGGCGCCACCCAGUGCGCCAUCAUGUAACCGACGGACCUCUUGAUGAGCCCGACGCUGCUUCCUGUGAUGCAGAGAACCCCAGCUGGAUGUCAUAAGGUGCUUUUCCACUGCAGGAACCACAGAGAGUCUGUAGGACCUUCUGAUGGAGAACCACAC